CGAGAAGGCCCUCGCGCGCCGCCUCGGCCAGGACGUGGUGCGACACAGCAGCGCCGGCGAGCCGCCCCAGCUGCCAGGCGACUCGCCGUCCGCCCUCCCGCUGCCGCACACCGCGCACGCCGCAGCUUGGACGCAUGGGCGCGGCCCGCGCCACGCCGAGCGCUGGACUACCGCGACGGCAGACGGCGCCCCUGCGGUGAUGCAGAGGGCCGGGGGCGGGAGGGAAGAGGAGCUGCCGCCGCCCUCCUCCCCGCCUCCCUCCUCCCCGCCGCCCGCCGCCCACCCCGCGGGCUUCAGCGUCGGCGCGGCGGCCACCGGCCGGGUCCUCAUGCUCGGGAUGCCGCGCGAGUUCUUCGGCGGUCGCGUCUGGGUGCGGGUGGCGCACGGCGCGUGGUCCGAGGGAGUGCACCUCCCCUCCCUCUCCAAGCGCGACGGCGCCGCCCUGCGCGCGGAGCUGCGCCGCGGCUCGAGCGCCGCCAGCGAGGAGCGGGCCUCCGGCGACGGCUCCUCCGCCCCGCCGUCUGGCCGCGCGUCCACGCGCCAGAGCCAGGGCGGGCGGACGGAGCUCAUCGAGGUUGCGCACCGGACAGUUGGCUCGCGCGUGCCGCCGCUGCUGCUGCGCUCCGGCUCGCGCUGCGCGUGGCACUGGCCGGUGCCGCGCUUGGCACGCGAGUCGAUGCUGUCUGCGUGCGUGCAGGGCGGGGGGUUCGGCCGCUGGUCCGCCGCCUUUUGCGUGCACGAGGGGGGCGACUACUUCGUGCGCGUCGACGCCCUCGCCGGCGGCGGCAUCCCCCACAUGCUGCGCGCGGCCGUGCGGCUCGACGCGCCACCCUUCCGGCUGACGAACCGGCUGUCGGUGCCGCUCCUCAUCUCGCAGCAGGGGGUGCCCGGGCUGAUGACGCACGUGCCUCCCGGUUCCGGGACGCCCUACAUCCUCGACGCCCCCUCGCUGCCGCCGCUGAUGUGCCUGCGCGUGCCCGACCUCGCCGGGGGCGGCCUGGUCGCGACGGUCGACCUGUCGCGGCUCGGAGAGCAGACGCGCAUCGAGCUCGCCGACGGCCGAUCCCUCUGGUGCCUCGUGCAGCCAGAGGGCGUCACCCGCUCCCUCCUCCUCGCCGAGGCGCCGCUGCUGCCAAACGGCGCGGCGAGCCGGCGGCCGAGGGCGGGCGAGCGCGCGGCGAGUUUGGUCGAGGGCGAGCGCCAGCCGGCGCCGAGUGUGCAGCGCACGGCCUCCCCUUGGGCCAGGCUCGGCGUCUCUCUCGUCAACCGGCAGCCGCAGGAGCUGCUCUUCCUCUCGGCGCAGCAGCUGCGGGUCUGCGCCGCGCUCACGGUCGCCGCCGUCUCGCUCGACGCCUCCCUCCGCUCGCUGCAGCUCGACAACCAGCUCGAGAAGACGAGCUACCCGGUGCUGCUGCGCGCGAGCCCUCGGCCCGGCGUGGCGGCGCCGGCAGUCCUCGAGCUCAGCUCGGUCAAGCUGCGCCACUGCUCGGACCUGCACUACUACCGCAGCUGCGAGGUCCGCGCCGCACCCCUCGACCUGGCGCUCGACCUGCGCGCCCUCCUCGCCGCCGGCGAGGUUGCGCUGCGCCUCUCCUCCCUCGCGAGCCCUCCGCCUCCGCCGCGCGCAAAGCCGACGCCAAUCGCCUCGCUCAAGACGCUCGUCACCGCGCUCGUCGCCGCGCUGCAGCCCGCCGGCGCGGCCCCUCCCGCGUGGGCGGUGGCGCUGCUGAGCGCCCUCGGCGCGGCGGUCGCCUCGGUCGACCUCGCGCGCCUCACCUUCGCCGCGCUCGUGCUGCGCGACGCCCUCGACGAGCUGCCCCGCCUGCUCGGCCGCAUCGGCAAGCACUACAGUAUUCAGGCGUCGCAGGCGCUGCUGCGCGUGGCCGGCGAUCUCGACGCUCUCGGGUCGCCCAUCGCCGUCCUCGCCGGCAUCGGCUCGGGGCUGCGCGACUUCGUCCAGGAGCCGGCCCGCUGCCUGCUCGAGCGGCGGGGGAACGAGCUGCAUCUCGCCGUCGCGAGGGGCACCUCCUCCCUCCUCCGCAACACGCUCGCUAGCACGGCGCUAGCGACGGCAAAGGUCUCGGGCACCCUCGGCCACGGCCUCGCGGCCCUCACUCUCGACGACGACUUCGUGCGGCGGCGGGCGGCGCGGCGGGCGGCGCAGCGGCCGGCCUCUCUGGCCGAGGGGCUCCGCGACGGGGCAAGCAAUCUGCGAGCCUCAGUGGAGGACGGCGCCUCUGGCCUGGCGAGCCCAGUCCGCGACCUGCGCGACGGAGGCUCGGUGGGGCGGGCGCUCGUCGGGGCGGCGCAGGGCGUCGUGAGCGCGGCGCUCAAGCCGGCGUCCGGCGUCCUCGACAUGGUCGAGAUGAUGUGCUCCACCAGUGCCACCGCCGCCGUCUCGGGCCCCGCAGUGCAUUCGGCCUCGGUGCGGCCGCGCGCGAGGCCGCCCCGCGCGCUCGCAUCGGACGCCGCGCUGCAGCCGUACGACCAAUCGGUCCGGGGCGGGCAGGAGCUGCUGCAGCGGGUGGAGGCCGGCGCCUACCGCGGCGAGCUGCUCCUCGAGCACGUGGGGUUGGGCCCGCGCACGCUGAUAUGCACCGACGCUCGCGCGCUGCUCGUGCGCAGCGGCUCCUUGGACCUCUCUUGGCAGGCGCCGUGGCAGCAGCUGCGUGGCGUGGAGCUGCAGCCGGCGCGGCACGUGGUGAGGCUGCAGCUGGAUACGCGCCAAUCUCAGAAGAUCGAAUGCGGCUCCGCCGGCGCCACCAAGCUCGUGUACGCCACCGUCAUGCGGAUGCGCGCGCGAUAUGCUGAGGCGCUCGUCGCGGGCGCGCUGGCCGGCCGCACGCAGGAGCAACGGCAGCUGCAGGCGGCCACAGCGUGACCUUGAGUCAGUGGUGGUGUGCGCGGCGCUAGUGUGCUAGAAGGUGCGUUUGUACGCACGCUCACAAUACAGAAUUGGAACAAUC